AUGGCCAUCCCAUACCCCGAGGGAGAAGUCUUCUUCAUGCGCAGCGUCCUGCGCAACAAAGACCCCGCUCACUACCAGGCCGACAACCCCGCCCACUUCUACUCUCACUUCAUGGUCGAGUACAUCUGGAACGUAGAGGCUGACCACGGUUCCAAGAAUGCAAACUCUUGGGACGGUCACUAUCACCAGCGCUCUCCCUACACCAUCGUCACUGGUAGUGGUUGGGGUACCCACUAUGGGAACUGGAAGCAACUUCCGUUCAGCUAUGGCCCACGCGAGUCAGAUAUCAGAAGGCGCCUUGAGCAUAAUCUUUGCACCAGUGGGAACCGGUUCAAGGACCAUGAGAAAGGAGAUGCUGCCGAGGCCUGGUUCAUGACCAUGCCGAUGCCGGCUAAAGAGGAACGGUGGGUGUGGAUCGAUAUGCUUGCUCGCAUUCGAGCUAUCUACAUCCCUGUAGCCUUCUCUGCUAGCGAGGACCAUCCCAACCUCAGCAUGUGGCUGCAAGUCUCCUUCACACAGAACAGAGUCGUGGACAUAUGGCGUGGAGGCUCGACCUUCAUGGGUCACGAAACGAACGCCACUAGUGGCCUCGGUGUAUGGCGCGAACACACUAUAGGUUUCGAUAUCACGGGCCUGACGGAACUUCUGAGUUGCCCUCGUCAUUUCCGAAAGGUGAACCCCUACCAGGCCAAGUUCAUCAAGCUCGUCCAUCGUGACACUGUCCGAACAGUGUCUGUUAGAGACUCGUACAGCGAUGCGUAUGACUUUAGCUGGCUUACCAUUGCACAAGCGCACAGCGGCUUGAACAUUGAGUGGGGUAAGGGUGAGAAAGGAAGCUGGUUCGAGGACUUCUUCAAGAAUGCUAUUAGCUUUGGUCUAGGCUUCGUGCCGGGCGUUGGUCCUCUUCUCUCCAUCGCUUUCAUCCUAGGAUGGACAGCUGUUGUCAAUCCUGAUCAGUUCAUGUACGAGCUGAGCCUCUGGGCGCCGUCGGUUAGACUACCAGAGCUGUUCGAGGUUGAUGUUCGCAAGAACUCAGCCGAGAUCAGAGCGCUCACCUAUGAGGCCUUUUGGAACAUGGGGCCUGCUGAGGCUUUAGCUGAGAUCAAGAAACUCGAACGCGAGGAGAAGAAGCAGCAAAGUGUUUCGGGAGAGGUCAGGUCGUACUUUCAGCAGGCACAUGACGUCCUUCGCGUUGAUGAGGCGAAGUAUGACAAGGAAGCUGGUGCUGAUGAGGAGCCUGGUGAGGUGCUCGUCGAGGUGCCUCCUCGAGAGGGUCCCACUAAUGGACACGCUGCGGGAACCGAGGAGUAG